CAUGUGCUGCUUCCUCAUAACCCACGGGCUGUGACUAAGUCCUGAAGAUGUCUGUCGUGACAGCAGACCAGGUUCGUCUGCUCCACUGAUGAGCCGAACCGGGACCGAACCGGGGCCUGGGUCUGUACAUGAAACCAGGAGGGGAUGAGAAGUUCUUUCCAGAGAUGUAGCCGUGGCUGCACACCUCCGUUACUUGGAAACUGACAGAACAUUCAGCGGAAAGUUUUUUCUCCUCGGAUGGAAGAAGUUCUGAGACGAAGUGCUGCUGCUUUUCCCAUGUUUUGUGAUAAUGAAGGAGGCCUGGGUCUGAGGGACAAUGUCUAUGGGAGAGUUAAUUGAGCUCCGUGACCUGAGGUUGGGCAGCGAGCAGAUAGAGCUGACAGGAACCCCACGCUCACCAUGCUCACCUCCACGACUGGAAAGAGCCAACGCCUUGAGGAUCAGCCCUGGGAAGGUUCCGGACCUGCUGAGCCGGGUGGGCAUCAUCAGAGUCCUGAGCAGCAGCCAGGACCCCCAGCCCCUGGAGGAGAAGGGAGAGGGACACAACUUCCAGCCCUGCAGCCACACUCAGCCCACAUGGUGUGACCUGUGUGGAGACUUCAUCUGGGGCCUUUACAAGCAGAGCCUGCGGUGUGUCAAUUGUAGAUUCACUUGCCACUAUCGCUGCCGUGCCCUGAUCAGGUUGGACUGCAGCUGGGACCAGGGUUCUGUGGCUGAUCAAACCUGUGUUGUGGAACACACCGUUGAAACCGACACAAAUGUGGAUGAACAAGUCGAAUGGGGAAAGCAAGAGUUGACCACUGCAGAUAUUCAGCAGAAGGUGAAGGAAUACAAUGCUCAAAUCAACAGCAAUCUGUUCAUGAACAUGAACAAGGAUGGCUCCUACACUGGAUUCAUAAAGGUGCAGUUUAAACUGGCGCGACCUGUGUCAGUUCCACCACCAAAGAAAGAUGGAGGAAGGAAGUCAAGCGGAGUAAGGCGACGCACCUCUUUCUACCUGCCGAAGGAUGCAUCCAAGCACCUGCACAUCAGCUCACGCACCUCUGCUCGUGAGGUCAUUGAAGCCUUGUUGAAAAAGUUUACUGUGGUAGACAAUCCUGGCAAGUUCGCACUGUUUGAGCGCAGCGAGCGUCACGACCAAGUUUACGUUCGUAAACUGUCUGAUGAUGAGCGUCCCCUCCGCUUACGUCUUUGCUCUGGACCCAAUGAGAAAGUUCUCAGUUUUGUGUUGAAAGAAAACGAAACUGGAGAAGUCAAUUGGCAUGCCUUCUCCAUGCCCGAGCUAAAGAACUUCAUGCGCAUCCUGCAGCGUGAAGAAGAGGAACACAUUAAGCAGAUUGUGCAGCGAUACACUCUGGCACGCACCAAGAUGCGGGAGGCUUUGGCCGGCUCCACCCCGGGCUGAGAUGUCUUUGUGCCCGGGGUUAAACGUGCACCUCUUGGCUGGACAAUCGCCUGACGAUGACCAGUCAAUGCUGCAUCCAAAGAUCCCAGAGAAUACAACUCAAAACGCCUCUUCGGUGAACGAGAGAGUGAGACAGGGCGCAAGACAAUGAGAGAGAGCUAGCGCGGAUGUGCGUGUGAAAUGAUGCGAGAGAUGAGAAGUGCCUUACACCUGGAGAGUCUGAAGUGCCUGAGAGAAUGAGUUGAAGGAGUUGAAGACUGGCAGAUGAGACGGCGGAUGUACCAUUUGAUUAUCCUGUACCUGUACCUCAUUUGUACCACUUGUGUGUUUGACGCACUAAGAUGUUAAAACUUCCCUUUGCCAAUUACACAUCUGUAGACACAGUGCUGAUGUCAAGUAUGAUGUUGUAGUUGUGCAGAUAGUGAUAUAUGGAAAUGGCAUUCUUGUUAUUUCUUAAAAUUUGUUACAUCACAAACCAAAGUUAAUAAUAACCAAUUACAGGAUUAAUUUACUUUAGUCACCCCACACCUGAACUAAACUGGUACAACACUUCGAGGCUGUCCUUCUGUUAGAAAAGUCAACACAUAUAUGAUGCUAUGAGGUAUCUGGAUUUUCAUUUGGGCUCAGAAAGUCUGCCAUGACAUCUCUACACCCCAGAUGGGUGCAACUCUGUUUUUUUUAUUUUAUUUUUUUUUACAGUUCAGUUGCGAAUAUGACUGUAUGGACAUCUGUAUGCAGUUAUGAAUGGACUGUAUGGACAUUUGUAUGCAGUUAUGAAUGUCAGAGAGCAAUGUCACAAUCACUCUGGUUGACUGGAAUUUUGAACGAAGUUUGUUAUACAUGUGUUUCACUGCAACCUGUUACUUUCCAUGUCUUUGUCAAGUACUGUUUUUAUUCUGUCCUUUUAGCAGAAUCUUUCAGUUCAUCUUCACUGUAUCCUUUUAUGCACAAAUUUACAUGUUUAAACAAUCCAAAUGUUGUGACAAAUGUACACUUACUUCAGUAAAGAAUUACUUCGUUUGAAAGGUUUCGUGUUAUUUUAGACCUUGAGUGAAAAAAUCAUGAGAAG